AUCUGCCGAGCCCGGACCCAAAAAUGAGCCGGCGCUGCUCGCAUUGCAGCCACAACGGACACAACUCCAAGACAUGCCCCAACUGCGAGGUCAAGCUCUUCGAGGUGCGCUUGACGGACGGGUUGAUCCAGAAGAGCGCCAGUAUGCCGGGUCAAAUUCCAGUGCGCAUAACUCAAACGGGUCAGGUAGAAGUCCCGUUAGAAUCAAGUCGCAAUGAAGCCAUCUCCUCGCUACGGCCGCCAUUGCUGCCUCCCUCAAAAGACCCAACAUGAGAGGUGGGAAAAGGAGGAGAAGGAGGAGGCGGCAGCAAAAUUCGACUCGGAGAAGCUUUGCAUAGACGAUAUGCUACGAAAGUACUAUGUGUUGGCAGAAACUUCCAGCCCAUGUGAACACAUGGACUUUCAUGUGCUUACUUAUUUAACGAGGGAAGAAAAUCAUGCACGGGUGGUUGGGUUUUUACCCUAUAAAUACCCAUGCAAUGGCAAGGCAAUGCCAACCAAGCAAGAAGCAAGAGUGCAGCACCAAGUGAGCAAAGUGAGAGCUCGGGCCGCGUGUUUUUGCUUCUGCUUCCCUUCCUCCCCCGACCCUCUGCACCCGACGAGCCCCCCAACUACCGCCACCCAUUUUCCAGCCGGAAAUCCGGCAAAGCUUGGGGAUUUCUCCCUAUUUUCUUGUCUUAGAACACCUGUUGAACCCAGAAAAUCCCAGAUCUGCGUCUUUCCCCCCUCUGCUGUCCGUCGGCUUCAACUUGUGGGUUUGAAAUUUCUGGGCGUUUUUCACCGUGAGUUUUCCCCCAUGGGUCCCGUCGACUUCCUCACCAGCCAAGCUCGAGUUCUGCUAGCUGGAAUUCUGGUAAGUUGCCGGCUCCCAAGUCCAAUUUAUCCAUGUAAUUGUUGCCUUGUGUUGAUUGGGUUUUUGCUUUUGAAUUGCCCAUUGUUGUCCGAAAUUCUGUUGAAAGAGGGGAGGAAGUUCGGCAGCCUCUAAGCAUGAGUUUUGUUUAAUUCAUGUAGAAACUAGCUUAAUUUGGUUGUUGUGAGGUUAAUUGUGUGAAACCCCCGUGAAUUAGCUAUGUUUUGCUAAUUUGGGAGUUGAAGUUACUGUUCACGAGGUACUGUUCACACACCGAGGGUUAAUGAUUAACGGGGAUUUAAAGGAUUAGUUUGUGAUAUAAGAAUAAGUUUGGAGAUGUCCGGUUAUGUGGAGAUUGAUAGAAAUAGCAUUGAGAUUAGGGGUAGUCCCGAUGAUGAUUUUACUUUGAAUUUGUGGUGGUAUGGUUAUUAAUUGUGGAAUAUUGUGAUUAGGUUUUGAUCGUUCUGUCACCGUAGCACUUGGGUUAGCCUUCUGUUCUGUGUGAGUGAGGUAAGUAAAUUAUGGUAAAGCCCUUCGAUUUUAAAGCUUGUUUUAAUUGUUUUUGAGAUGGUGGCAAGGUUCAAAUUGAUUUUAAAUUGAUUUUAUUAGCAUGUGAAUGUGAUUAAACUGAAAUGAGAGUUUUGAUGAUUUUUAAUGAGAAUUUCCUGGUUUUUCUAGAAAUGACCAUGACUUAUAGAUGAGACUACUGAACUGAGUUUUAUUCUGCAUGAACGGUUUGUCAUGAAUGCUUUGCAAUUGAACUGAAUUUGAUUUUGUCACUGAGCGUUUUGGUUAUAUUAAAUUGUUUAUCUGGCAUGCUUAAAAGUUUUACCCAAGGGCUAUCCAUAUUUACUUACUGAGUUAUCUCAUAGUUUUCCUUGUCCACCAUUUCAUGAAGCGAAACCGAGGACGGGGAAACUGAGGGGAGUGACGAAUUAGAAGGCUAGCCAUUCAAUUGGGGUAUAAGUUUUAGAUUUUAUCAUCCUUUUGUAAGGUUGAUUUUAUUCAUGAGAUUUUGUGAUUUGGAUAAGUUCCGAGACUUGUGCACUUGUGGGACCCGUCUCACGAGUGCACGGUGUCUGCCACGUCCCUGGAUUUGGGUUCUGGGGCGUGACAAUGAUAAUUCU